UGCAGCGUGUGUUUAUUGAUGACAUGAAAAAGAAGAUGGAAGUGAGAAAUGAAACAAAGUGAAAAGAGGACACGCUGAGAGAAAGAGAGAGAGAAAGAGAGAGAGAGAGAGAGAGAGACUAAAGCUCGCUGCUCUUCGACGUAGAGGUGUGUGGUGGGGGCCGAGAAUAAAAAAAAAACGGGGAAGGGGGAAUAGGAGAAAGAAAGAAACAGAGAGAGAGACGAGGAAAAAAAGACGACUGCUGCUACUUUUUUGAGCGAGCUUCGAAGUGCAGGCUGCCGAGGACUCACAGUAAGCUGCUCCCCUCAACUCGUCACAUCACAGAGACAGGAGACUACAGGAGCCUGCAGCGGCCAAAAAAGUCUUGUUCGUUUCGAACGUCAAAAUAGCAACACAUGAUUUGGGCAGAGAGGACUGACAGCCUCGCCUAGCACCAGGCCUCUGAUCAGCCAUCUCCACCAGCAAAUUAAAGCUUGACCCGCAUCACCAGCCUUCACAAGCAUUUUCAUAAAAAAGACAAGAAAAGAAAAAAAAAACGUCAUCUAACUGUGACAUCAGUUGCAAGGGGAUGACCGAGCGCAUUCAUAACAUCAACCUCCACAACUUCAGCAAUUCUGUACUCGAGACCCUCAAUGAGCAGCGCAACCGUGGGCACUUCUGUGACGUGACUGUUCGUAUCCAUGGAAGUAUGCUCCGAGCUCACCGGUGUGUGCUGGCCGCUGGAAGCCCCUUCUUUCAGGACAAGCUGCUCUUGGGCUACAGCGACAUCGAGAUCCCCUCGGUGGUCUCAGUGCAAUCCAUCCAGAAGCUGAUUGACUUUAUGUACAGUGGAAUUCUGCGAGUGUCUCAAUCGGAAGCUCUGCAGAUCCUCACUGCUGCCAGCAUCCUGCAGAUUAAGACCGUCAUCGAUGAGUGCACACGCAUCGUGUCCCAGAACGUGGGCCUGGCAGGCCCCGGGGGCUUCCCUGUUGUACCAGGAGACUCUGGUCAGGAAACGCCUCGYGGUACGCCAGAGUCUGGCACCUCCGGGCCCAGCAGUGAUGCAGAGUCAGGCUAUAUGCAAGCAACAUCACAGCAAAGUGUAGACCGUGCGUACACAUCGCUCUACUCCUACUCUGGCCUGUCCCUGCAGAAUGGAACCCGCGAACGCCCCCUUUACAUCAACCCUUUGUCGGCAAAUUACGAUUCGGGCCCCCAGAAGAACCAGCAAUCUCAAGAUCCACCGUGGAUGAACCGCAUCCAGGAGCGAUCUCAGCAGGUCGAUCGCUUCAUGUCCACCGCAGAGUCCACUCACUGCCGCAAGCAGCCCCGGCCGGUACGCAUACAGACAGGAGGGAUGCAAAUCAAAGAGGAGGCCGAAGACGAGUACACCUGCUAUGACGAUAUGGGGGACUGCCAGGACGACACUGACCACAACGAGGGGGUCGAGAGUGAGUCUAAGAUCGAAAGUUUCGACUCAGGGGUGAGCUCCUCCAUCAGUACAGAGCCAGACAGCAUGGAGCAGCAGUCGUACCUGACGAGCUUCAGCCGCGAGGGGGGCGGGGACAUGCACCAAGGCGAAGGAGCUCCAGUGCAGAUAAAGGUCAACGACUCGUCCCCGGAGCAGAUGCAAAAGGCGGAGGACGGAGACACAUCCCACAGCACUAGUGACAGUAGCAUGAUGCAGCCCCUGCCAAACUCAGUCAAACUCAGUCCCAUGUCGCAGUACAUGCGUCAGAUCGAAUCACACACCAGCAACCUGAGGAUGCCGCUCACCGUGACCAGCAACUCCCAAGUGAUGGGCACUGCUGGAAGCACCUUCCUGCCCACACUCUUCCCCACACAGCCGGCGAGAGACCACAAGCCUUUCCUUUACCUUCCUGGCCAGCAGCAGCCCCAGUUUGUGGCAGUUCCGCCUCCUGCAAUGCCAUCAUUCCAGAACCCCAUGUCGGUACCGCAGGCGCCAGCUCAGCAACAGCAGGCUGCAGGAGGGAUUGGUCCCGGGGAGAAGAAGCCCUACGAAUGCACUCUCUGCAGUAAAACCUUUACUGCAAAACAGAACUACGUCAAACACAUGUUUGUCCACACUGGUGAGAAGCCUCAUCAGUGUAGCAUCUGCUGGCGCUCAUUCUCCCUGAAGGAUUAUUUAAUUAAACAUAUGGUGACACACACAGGGGUGCGGGCCUACCAGUGCAGCAUCUGCAACAAGCGCUUCACCCAGAAGAGCUCCCUCAACGUCCACAUGCGGCUGCACCGAGGUGAGAAGUCCUACGAGUGCUACAUCUGCAAGAAGAAGUUCUCGCACAAGACCCUGCUGGAGAGGCACAUGGCCCUGCACAGCACGGCCAGCGCCAUCACGGGGCUGGCGGCGAGCGCCGGCGUCCCUGGYCCGGUCUCCAUCCCCAUGCCCAUGGCCGUCCCCGAACCCGGCGCCGGAGUGGUGGCCCUCGCCAUGCCAGUGAGCGGAGGCGCCGGAGUCGGGACCGGGGUCGGAACGGGAGUGGGCGUAGCUGCUGAAGCGAGCUGCCAAGAAGGGACCACCUACGUGUGCUCCGUCUGCCCUGCCAAGUUCGACCAAAUGGAGCUCUUCAAUGACCACAUGCGUAUGCACGUCUCCGAUGGAUAAGUACAAAAAGAAAAAAAAAACUUUUUUCAUAAAGAAUGACAAAUACAAUGGCACUAGAUUUUCCUUUUCUUAUUUUGAGGUAUGAAGAUUAAUGAGUAUAGACACUGGCACAUUAAGUUUCCCCAAAAAUGUUUUCUUUUUUUUUAUUCUAAAAGAAAAAAAAAGAUGGUGGCCUUAAGGCUUAGUAGUUUGAUAUUGAUCUACUGGAUGGAUCCAAACUACRGGCCUCUAAAUGUAUGCUUUCCUAAAAUACUGAUUUAUGUGUUGAACACUACCGAAAGGCCUACGAAAGAAACACAUACACACAAACACACCUUUAGUCUAGAGAAGUCUGAAUGACUAUAAAUGAGCAAAUAUGCUUGAGCGUUUGUGUAUUUUGCAUAUGUUUGUUUACUUGUCUAAGUGUGUGCGUGUGUGUGUCUGUUUGUGUGUAUACAUUGCCGUGAAGCUUAAAUCAUGGCAGUUGUGAACCCAUACUGACCAGUUUGGAAACUAUAGAUGUCCAAGCUUACUGUGGUAUAAUUUACAACGACAAUAACAAUAAUUUAAAAAAAAGAAAAAGAAGAAAAAAAUGCAUCUGGGGUUGGGCUACRUAUUCCCUCUAAAAAAAGUACUGAUGGUCACAAGAUUGCCUUCUUACAUCAAACAAAAAAGGAGAGUACUUAAUUUGACACUGGGUUUUAUUUAUUCCUGUGGUAUUAAGGGAUUAUAAUGCAGCUGUUGUCAAGGUACCAAUUUGAAUCAUUUUACUGAACUGUAACUUCCUGUCCGAGGUGACGGGGAAAUAUGAUUUCUCAUAUGUUUUGUGGUUAUUGUCCAUGCAUUUUGGUGGUUUACUAAAUUUUGGUGUGUUGAGGAGAUAGUAUUUGAGCAAAAAUGUGUUUCCUUUUCGUGUUGGAGUUGAACGCAUUUGCAUACACUGCCUCUUAAAAUCCUAAAAGACUGUUAAGGCUACAAGACCUCUUCCACUGCAAAAGAUACGAACCAAAGGAAGAAUCUUUUGCUGAUGGGUUUUCUGUUUUUAGCCUUUUACACACACAGUUUUGGCAGGCUGAGAUAUGCGACUAAACUCCUUCAUUAUUGCUGCUCUUCAACUUGCACCCGACUGUUAUGGGAUAUCGAUUUAACAAAAGGAUUUGUCUCUUCAACUAUUAUUGAGUAGCCUGUUUGGCUUUAGUUUCAUAAAUGAUUUAGAAUUUUGUAGAGAGGGGAGUAGGCUAGGUGUUGAUUGGAACAAUGUUGUAUAAAAAAAAAAGUGGUAAUUUAAAUUGAAUCCGAUUUAAAGUGGAGUAAUUGCCACCCUGAUCCUGUGUAAUCUGUUUCUUACAGCUGCAAAGCUAUUUCAGCAGCUGGAAGCUGAAUGCAUUACUCUUCAUGCAUUUGGCUCUCCCCGAAGGCUUAAAUCACAUGCAACCUUUCGAAAGGAAAUCCAGUCUGAAAGCAAAACAAGUAGCUCCAUCAAUCGAUAUCUCAUUGUUUCAUUAGAAACCACAAGCUGCAGAUGGACUGUGAUGACAAUAGCAAACAUUCCCGAUUGUUCUAAUACCAAGACACAGCAUGUAUAUGGAAUAGAUAUGGAGGCUUGUGUGUUCAAGUUGUCAUUCAUGCAUCACUUCACCUAUUAUAUGUCUGAUUUCUAAUGAUUUCAAUAUUUUAUAUUGCUUUUUUUAGGAAAAAAAUCCAAAAUAGGUCUCACACACGAAAACACACACUCACAUGCAACUGCCUGCAACUGCAAUUUAAAGGAUUUGCUUCUUUAAGUGAGCAAGCACUUUGGUAGUUGCACAAAAGUAAAACAAAAACAACAAAAAACUAACAGCAUACAGGGGUCUUCAAAAGACCUGCUGUCAAUUUAGAAAAUAAAAGUGCUACUUUGCACAUUUUCUUAAAAUGCCUGUGCUUAAUAUUUAAUCAUUUUUUCUUAAAUGAACUUUACUUUUAUUCAACUUUAAAUAUUAUUUUUUUUCCAAUCUUGAUAAGAGGACUGCAUUUUUUUUCUUGCAUAUAUGUUGCACUGCUUAAACCAAUAAGUGCACUACUGUUAACAGAGAUGUUAUAGUUUUAGAAAAAAAAAAGAUUUUUUUUAUUUUAAAUCUAGCAUUUUGUUGUAGAGUUCACACCAAUAGCAUCGUCUCAACAUCAUCUUCAUUAAGUAAUUCUUGGCUUUUGUUAUUGCUCGCUCCAGUAUAUUCUUGUGCCGUGUUAAUGCAAGCUUUUAUUUUAUUUUUUUGUUUAUUCAAACCUUUAGGUGUGCUCAUCUAUGUUGUAACCUUCAAAAUAUUUUAUGGAUUCUGUUCCCUAUAGGAGUUUAUUUAAUCUUCUUUUUUGUUGAUUACAGUACAUAAUUUUAAUGAGAACAUACAAGCCAAACAUCAUAAACAGUUAAACACCAAUAAUAAUAGAAAAAAAAACCUUCAGUCUAACUUCAUUGGUGGAGGUUCAAUGAAUAACUAUUAUUAUAAUAUUAAUAAUACAUAUAAAUGUGUGUAACAUAAAUGGUGUGUGUGUCCUAGAACAACUUUCUGUGAGUUUUAAAGUGUGAGUGCAGCUUUAGUACCUGUCACUUGUACACAGUUGUCCCCUUCCUUGGUGUUUGUAUGUCUGUGAAUGUCUGUGAGUGAUUUAUUAGCCUAAUCAAAUUAUUGAUAAGUGGAAUAUCUCAACUGUAGGGCUUCCUUUGCAAUAUGCAGCACAGGUACUAUGGAAAACAGCUCUCCAGACCUUUUUGGGCUAAUAAGGCACCUGUAACACGUUUUAGUUUUCCCUCUGAGACUCUAGUAAAGCUUAGGUUAAGUACUGUGAAAUUCAGUUUGGGAGAAGCAGAUUUUUUUUUAUGCGAUGCUGGAUUUCAGAGUUGCGUGAAUUCAGUUUUGAGAUGAAGUCAACAUGUGUGGCCCCUAUGGAAAAUUCUGUAAAGAAAAA